GUUAACCACCUUCUCAAAAGGUGUGAGGCAGCACAACGUUCAGAACGUUCCAAGCGGAGCACGGCCCCGAGUCAGGGCGAAUUCUUCGCGCGAUGAAUGCAGCAGACGCUUUCGUGAGGACGCGGCCGAUCCGCCCCAAUAAUGGAGAAUGUUCGUAACCCAAUAUGCCGGUGCCGAUUGCGAGCUCGUGGUCCCAGCGAUCCCGCUUUGCUUGAAUAGAACAGUGGCCGGGUGUGCAGGUGUAGAUCAACGCGUCCUGGCCAGCAUUGUCUUGACACAAACCCAAUCGCUAACCACGUACAAUUUCACAUCGCAUGCAUUCCAGAACCGACCUUGCAGGACGUGCAUCGGCAUCCGAUAUUGGCAUAGAACGCCUGCGCCCAAGGACAUGUAGCGGCUUGCACAAACACUUGCGCAGGGCUGUCCUGACGCUGCUCAGGUACGAAACCCACAGACUUGUAAGCCCCAACGUCAAGCAGGCCAGAAUAAUCCCAGGUCCCGGUUUGAGGCUUCCGGUGCAUUACUCAGUAUACCAACCGCGGACUGUACCGCGCAAAAAUAUGACUGUCUUCUCCCACAUCGUCGGGAUCUCUGUACCUUCUGGAAACUCUCCUUCCUCCGAACGUUGUCGAAGCUCCCAACUAAAACACAUAUUUUGUUGGCAAACUUUGUACUUCUGCCGCUACUGUCUCAUGUCAUAUCUGGAAGACAACCACUCUCGCCGGAGCUAAACCACACCGUGUUAUACAACCACAGGACUUUUGAGGGCCUUAUGGCCAAUGUCAUCUUGAAGGCCAUCUAUAUUGUCUCAAUUUAAGUAACACAGUCAUGGGAGGUGGAAUAAAUCCUCCACCGGAGGUGCUUCAACAAUGGGCAAAGAUAGCGAAUCCCGAGCACCCUUCACAAACCCGCGGCUGGGGUCUGGUGAUUCUCUGCGUUGUGCUUUUCACCUUUGCUCUCGCCGUCGUCGUCGCUCGAUUAUGGGCACGGCUCAUGAUCAGGCGCACAGCAGGAAUCGAUGACAUCGUCAUCGUGCUUGCCAUGAUACCGACUGCCGGUCUCGCUCUUUCGACCGCUCUCGCCUCUCGCCUCUACGGCUUCAAUCGUCAUGCGUGGGACCUUACUCCUGAGUUGGCGCAACAAAGUCGCAAGCUCACCUUGGUGAUGGAAGUCACCUACAUGGCCUCGACGUGUUUGACCAAAAUCUCGAUCCUGCUCUUCUACCGAAGGAUGUCCGACGGCGCAAUCAGCUCCAUAUUCCGUACGAUUGGAUAUAUCAGCAUCGCCUCUGUCGUUGCGUAUAUGUUUGCUUUCAGCUUGGCGGGCGUCCUUGGAUGUCGCCCGAUUAGUGCCUACUGGCUGCAAGUUGAUCUUACAUGGGCAUCAACCCAUCCUCGUGGCAAGUCGUAUCAAUGCAUAAACGAGGGCGCAAUGAUACUAUCGGCUUGUGCAGUCAGCAUAGUCCAAGACUUCCUAGCUUGUGGACUACCUCUUCCAUUGUUCUGGAAACUUCAGCUUCCGAAGCGUCAAAGAAUUGCCUUGGCCGCCAUCUUCAGCGUGGGCUUCUUUCUCUGCAUCACUGGUUGCCUUCGUCUAUACUACGUCCACAAGAUUUACUACACCACAUACGACGUAACUUGGGUAGCAUGGGAUGCGUGGAUCUGGACAGUUAUUGAAGCCCAUCUCGCCAUCAUUUGCAGCUCUGCCCCGGCGCUCAAAACUUUCUUCAAGCGUUACCUGGGCUCAUUAUCCCUCACAGGCGCUUCGUCAUGGACACGAAGACAACGUACCUACGGUCGGAAAACUACGGGUUUCUCCGCACACCACCACUCAGGUCUUGCAACGUCUUCUACCACUAAUCUGGACGGCGGACACGGCAAAGCUUACGAAUUGGGGGGCAUUAGCGUAACAAAAGCUGUCGAGAUAGAGACGAGAAGUGUGCCCAUGAUCGUGGGCGAGAAAUCGGCGAAGAGCUCGCUUAGCGAGGAGGAGCGAAUCUCUCAUUCUCCAGAUCCUACGAACAGAUCGCCGUGGCUUUACGUCGACCCUCCAAAGCCACAUCAAAAUGUAUAAGCUGUACCGUAUAGAAUUGACGUCCUCCAUAAUCCACGACGCACACCAGGAUUCGAAAACUUAUCUGUAGUCAUAUCAGACAGACCAACCAUUUGCAUUUGUCUAGACGAGGACACCUCCGCGGCAUAUCAAAUUUUCGCUUGGCUGGCAAGCGAAGCGGCUUGCGUCUUGCUCCCCAGAGUCUUCGUGCACGGCGCCAAGCGAUCACAGGGGUUCCGUACAGGGUCUGCCGAUCAAAGAAGCUUCUCUCCUCAGACAGGGGCAGCACGGGAAGCAGCGGCGGAUACCGAGGCAUGCUUGCACACAACGAGAGGCGUGCCCGCACUACAAGCAUCCCAUGUCCCAUACAUAACAAACAUCUUCUUUCGAACCUUUCGACGUCCCCCCAAUUCUCUUUGGUUGCAUCAAGCUGUUGCAAAAGCGGAAAAUCCAAAAAAAGGUAGCGAUUGUUUCAUUCCCAUGUCGGGAGCCUCUUCAAUCCAAAACAAGGGCUAGACUUUCACAUUAAUUCCGCCAGUCAUACGGAGUGCUUUUCGAUGGCUAGAGAGAGGCGGCUUGUAUAUACUCCUCGCUUCUGAGCCACCUUAUUUGCCUUCUCUCCUCCACUUUGCAGCCUUUUGGUUUCUGGGCCAAGUUUGCAGGCCCAAGGACUGCAGCCCUACCGAUUCCUCGAAGGGGCUCGAGCCGCGAGAAGAUUUUCUAUCUCGCGGCCCAUUUCUGCGUUUAUCUCACAAAUUUUGCGCGAGACUGAGAGGUUUUUUUUUUCUUGGGUUCGGCAUUGGCAGGUGCUGCGACACGAGCGUCUAAUUGACAGGGAUAUGCGCUUCCCAUGCGGCACACCACCUCAGGACGGCACGCAUGCCGGUGUUGCGGGUUAUGAUCAAAUUUGCAGACACUUGGCUAACACUCCUCAUCGGUUCAAACUAGAGUCGAAACCGGCACGCACACUAGUUGCCCAAGUGCCGUUGUCUAUGUGGUCGCUAGAAGUAAUGCAUCCUACCGUAUCACGAUUGUUGAUCGCAUGGAGCUUACAGAGGGAAAGACUUGCUUCGCCGCUUGUGUACCUUGUGGCGCGAGUCCCACAAAAACUGUCCGUUAGAUUACUUAGAAGCGGGAAGUUCCGUCAGAGUUUCUGCCUGACCAACGGUCAACCUGUGAAGCCUAAAAAGGAGCAACUCCAUCAGCGACAUCAUUUAUGUAACGACGUUCAGAUUUGGGACCGUUGAUCUAAGAUUGC